AUGACUGUCGCGUAUGACAACAUGUCUUACCGUGGGUGGUCGUCACAGUCACACUCUGCUGUGUGUCUCGAGGACAAGUUCGAAAUCCUCAAAGACAUUGGUGAUGGCAGCUUCGGCUCUGUCACUCUUGGCAGGACGAGAGGCGCUGGCGCACAUCUUGUUCGAAGGGGAACAUUGGUGGCCAUCAAGACGAUGAAGAAGACCUUCGAGAACUUUGCACAAUGCAUGGAGCUACGCGAGGUCAUCUUCCUGAAGUCAUUACCUAACCAUCCACAUCUCGUGCCAGCGUACGACAUCUUCCUCGAUCCAUUGAGCAAGAAGCUGCAUAUUGCCAUGGAGUACAUGGAUGGCAACCUCUACCAGCUCAUGAAGGCACGCGACCACAAACCGCUCGAUGGUACAAGUGUGAAGAGCAUACUAUUCCAGAUCUUGGAAGGUCUCGAGCACAUCCACGAUCACCACUUUUUCCAUCGCGACAUCAAGCCGGAAAACAUACUUGUCUCCACUUCAGCACCUGAAGCUGGCAACACGUUCAAGCGAUACUCGCAGCUCGUAACGCCCCCAUCGACUCCUCCGACAUACUCGAUAAAGAUUGCGGACUUUGGUCUUGCACGUGAGACGCACUCUCGCGUUCCAUACACAACAUAUGUGUCGACAAGAUGGUACCGUGCUCCGGAAGUGCUCUUAAGAGCAGGUGAAUACUCAGCACCUGUGGAUAUCUGGGCUAUCGGCGCGAUGGCUGUGGAGAUUGCGACAUUGAAGCCACUAUUCCCUGGCGGUAAUGAAGUCGAUCAAGUCUGGCGAGUGUGCGAGAUCAUGGGAAGCCCGGGCAGCUGGGUCAGCAAACAUGGUCAGAAGGUUGGAGGUGGGGAGUGGAAAGAGGGCAUCAAGCUCGCUCAGAAGCUUGGCUUCUCCUUUCCCAAGAUGGCUCCGCAUUCGAUGGAAACGGUGCUACCAGCACCACAAUGGCCGGCCAGUCUGGCACACUUCAUCACUUGGUGUCUUCUGUGGGACCCAAAGAACCGACCGACUUCGAGGCAAGCUUUGGAACACGAAUACUUCAGAGAUGCGGUCGACCCACUGCGGCCAAAGAGCAGUGCGGCUCACGCCUUGGGACGCAAGCAGUCGACGCUUGUUAACAACGACUCAAGCGAAGGCCUACCGAUGCUGUCGACAAAGACGUCAUCGUGGUUCAGAAAAUCAAUGGGUGCUCGCGAAAACGUUGCACCUGCUGUGCCAGAGCACGUACAGGCCUACCAGAACUCAUCGCCACGACCCUCUCCAGUACAUGCCAACACGACCGACCCGGCUCUUGUCGCAGCUAAGGGCAGACCAGCUGCUACCAAGCGUGCGACCUGGACGAACGGUGCUGCAAACAACGCGGCUCCGAUCCCGAUUUUACCUUCGAUUCGACCUAUCUCCCCACUACCAGACGCCACUGUAGCGCAGGCAAGCACUCGAAGGGCAGAACAAUCAGACGAAAGGCCUGGCAAGAAGAUCGGGAGGCAGUUAUCGGUCAACUCUCAGGGCAACCACUAUGCUGACAUGCACCGGCAAGAGGCUGAGCGAGCUCUCACUGGCGCCACUGGUCUUCAGUCGCCCACUGGCAGCCAAAGGGAAAGCUUCUUCUCGCAUCUGCGGAAACGAGCACGAAGGCUGUCAGGACGUAACUCAGGUCCAAUGUCACCCAGUGCUGAAGACGCUGAAGCCAAUGUCGGAUGUGCUCCAUGGGCCUCGAACAACCGGCAGUCAGUACAGGAGCCACAAAGCAUUGCCUCUGUGGCUGUCGAUCCAUCUUCCGACCCCAACUUUGCCGAGCUCGAUCGUGCUUUGCAGAAUGUGCGCUACAGCCUUGACGCAGCUGCCGGCGCUGCCAAUCCACAGCCCAAACAGCCAACCAAGAUGGCAAGCAAUCCGACUCUGAAGCGCCACCAUUCUGUGCCAUGCAGCAAAGAAGAGGUCACUAGCAACCCAAGCAUGGCGAAUCGUACCCGGAGGUCUCUGCGCCACGCACCAAGCAGCCGAUACGAAACACCUUGCGAAGAAGACGAGCUACUUGACGAGGCAUUGUCUAAUGCGCACCAGGCGGCACAGAAUCUAGAUAACGCGCCAUCGAUGAACACCACGGCGACCUACCAGCCAGCUCGCCCUCUGCUGCCACAGGCAAUAUCUGAGCCUGCAUACGCCGCGCCAUACCUGACGCCAUCUCCAUCAAAGGAUCAGAUGAACAUCAGCUAUGGUGCGAUGGACUACAGUCCGACCAAGCCGGUGGACAUUCCAUCAAUGCGUGCGCAGCCAAAGGGUGUUGUUGACCCACAAUGGCCAACACCACCUUACGACGAGAAUGAUUGGGCGUCAGCGGCGGCGGCGAGCAUCUUUGCCACGCAAAGGGCUUACCAGCAGUAA